UUCGCGACGCUCUGCUGCCCGCAGCCUAUGGAGGCCCUGUCCACCGCGCUCACCGUCCUGUCCUUCAACAACUCGAGCGCGUCGGCGGCCAACCGGACGCCGUGGGCCGAGCCGGUGUUCGAGCGCGACCACCUGGCGCUCAUCCUGCCGCUGAGCGUGCUCUACGUCGUCAUCUUCGUGUUCGGCGUCCUGGGGAACAUCAGCACCUGCAUCGUCAUCGGCCGCAACCGGCAGAUGCGCACGGCCACCAACUUCUACCUGUUCAGCCUGGCCUGCUCCGACCUCCUGCUGCUCAUCUCGGGCCUGCCGCUCGAGCUGCACAAGAUCUGGUUCCCCUACCCGUACCCCUUCAACGAGCCCGUGUGCGUCAUCCAGGGGCUGGCCGCGGAGACGUCGGCCAACGCCACGGUGCUCACCAUCCUGCUGUUCACGUGCGAGCGCUACAUCGCCAUCGUGCACCCGCUGGCCAAGCACCAGGCGCGGCGCAGAGGGGGCCGACUAAAUCAAAGUCUAGAAGUAUAG